UCGAUAUUUGACACACGUCACUUAUUGAACAAUGAAAAUUAACGAUGACGCUUUUGAAAGAAUCAAUUUUUUGUACCAGGCAGCUCAUCAACUUUUGGAACAAGAUAAAAGUAAUAUCAAUCAGGCAAGAUAUUAUGGGCACAUGAUAAAAGAGAUUGCCAAAAAAUCUGUGAUAAGAUUAUCUAUUAAUAUCAAAAGAAAACUGUGUAAAUAUUGUCACCUUAUUCUUAUACCUGGAAUAUCUUGCAGAAUCAGACAAAAAAGGAAAAAUAAAGCAAAUUGUCAACCAUAUUCCAGGUGCUCUAUUGUGUGUUUAGGUUGUGGUUAUCAAAAGUUAUAUAUAAGUGACCCUAAUUAUUCAUUAUGGCCUUUAACUGCUCAAUCAACUGAAUAGUUUGCUAUCACAUCAAACCAGGCAUGAUGUCAUGACCAAUUGUUGAGCAUAUUUUAUAUUAAUAUUUCUAUAAAAUGAUGUAAUAUUGUGCAAAAUAUUUAACAUUAAAAAUUAUCACGAAUAAAUUAAAUAUAA